CGCCAUGACCGAGCCAGCCAGUGCACCGAGGUCUAAAAAGCGAAAUCGAGUCCUUACCGAAAGCAGAAGGAGGCAGAAUCGAGAGUCUCAACGUCGAUAUCGAGAGCGGAGAAAAGCAACACAAGUCCAAAGGUCGUCUCCAUCUGCCAUCGAUGGAGGCGUACCUUCUUUCCAAGACGAUCUCGAUGUGAACAUCUUAGGUCCAUACAACUUGGCCUCCUCCUCAAGCCAUGAUGACACCUUAUACGGCCUAUCAGACUUCUUUGGUUGCGAGUCGCCAUCUCUCAAUCUCCUCGUAGCAGAGCAUCCAACGCCUAUGCGCAACCUCACCGGUACGCCCAGUCCUUCUCGAGGAAGACGGCCACAAUCAAACCUCUCUCAAAGCUCUACUCUCCCUUCACCAUAUAUCAACUACCUCCAAAUUCAAAAGCUUAACUUCUACGCCGCGCGCAUCCAAAACGCUCUCUACAUAGGAGUGCCGCUCAAGCUAGCCGAGGCCGAAAGCUUUCUCUCGCCAUGGUAUCUUGACGCGCAAUGGACCGCUCUAGUCUCCGCUUCGCCACCAGACGUGUUGUCAGACUCAGACACAACAAGCCUCUCAAACACUACCAGCCCACCCAGCGCCAGCGGUAGCAGCAUCGGAAUCAUGCGGCCGGUCCGCGUGCGGCCCUGCUUCGAGCUCUCCAAAAGCGUCAUGUCGGACCUCGCCCCAACCCCGCUCCAGCGCUCGUAUCCGCACGGCAUGUAUCUCGACCUGAUUCCCUUUCCCGUGUUCCGCGAUCGAGUUAUCACGAUGCUGUCUAUGGACCCGCCGGCGUUUGAUGAGAGCGAGCUCAAGCAUGACAUCGAGGCGGAUGGCCUGCUGGUGUGGGGUGUCGCGCAGGGGACGAGGGAUCGCUCUGCGACACUAGUCAGAGAUCGGCGGAACUGGGAGUGCUCAAAGUGGUUUUUUGAAAAGUGGAAGCUUUUGGUGAAUGGGUCGGGGCUGGAAGAGCAGAGCAGGUGGUGGAGGCGGAUGCGGGGAGAUGAUGAGUGCGAUGAGGAUGAGGAGGAGCCUGGAGCCUGGAGUCUGAGCUAAUUCUCUUGUUCCUCUGUUCACUAACGCUAGCGAGAUCUUAGCGGUGUCUUAAGGUUUCGAGUGAUGGUCCUGAAUUGAGAUUAGUAGAGUACCAAGACAUGAGUUUAAGUGCUCCUUAUAACUGUUUAGAGUUACCCCUACAAGCUUUGGAAAAUAUGAAUACGAUGUAAAGGUCAACGCAGUGGAGAUAGGACUGCCUUUUGACUUACCGAAGACAGGUUACCUAGGGCACUCCUUACGGUGGAAUCGAGAGAGCAAGAGUGAAGCCCGGGUCGUGGUACAUCCGUGUGCCCAAACUUGUGACCUAGUAUUGUAGUAUAGUGGCCGUUAUAGUAAUACAGAAAACAUCCAU